GACUGAUUACCAAGCAUGGCAUGGGCCCAAUCCUGAGAAUUUAAAAACCCAGUGCAAAACCUUGGCUCAGGGACCUAACCGCAGUCACGCCCGAGGCCCCUCAGGAAGAGCUCGUGGACAGGACCCAGGGCUGCGUAAAGGUCCACAGGGACUGGCAAAGGGUCCCCAGUUCACACAGGGUAUCAAGAAGGAGCCUUCAUUUUCAACAAAAAUGUUGUGAAAAUUGUAGAUUCUGUACUCAUCCAGUAUUACUAUUGACCUGAAUAUGUCUUCUGCAUGAACAAAAAGGUAUUUUAUCAUAUUUUUAGGUAGAAAAAAGCCAAUAUAAUUGAUGAAAAGGUUCAAGAUUAUCAUACCUUUCGUCAGUACUGAGCUUAAUUUUUUCCACUUAUUUUAUAUGGCUGCUUUAUAUAAUAAGUGUAAAAGUAAGUGACAAAUGCAAGUAUUAUGCAGUUUAUGGAUAAUAUGAAUGGUAGCACAAAUUUGUAAAGAACUUUUUGUGCUGAUAUUGGUCAUUGUUCUUGUUUAUUGUUUCAAUAUUAUCAAAAGAAUUACUUAAAACCAUGAGAUGAUAUAUGAUGUUCAGUCAUAUGAAAAAGUAACUCCAUUCUAUAUUUACUGUAUAGAAGUGGAUAUUUUUGUUACAUAUUAUAUUUACAACACUUCUGUUAUACUAUUGAAUUUUUCAUUUCACUUAAUAGGAAAUACUUUUUAUUCAGUGCUUUUGGUAAGGAAGUUAUAAACAGACCUACUAUCAUAUUUUGCAAAAGUUUGGUAUAUUAGGCAAAAUACUCAUUGUUGAAUGAAUGCAUUGGAUCAUAUUCCUAUGAAGCAUCUGUUCUUUUUGUUUUAACAGUAAUCCAGGCCAACCAUGCAAUCUUUAUCAUGAUACAGAUAUCCUAUUAUAUAGUUAAUGAUUUAUUAGAAAUUUUGAGACAUUCUUUUUUUAACAGCAAUUGUUAUAAAAAGAGCUAAAACAAAUACACAUUCUAACUGUUUAACAGGUAAAUUAAAGUUAAUUUAUUUACUAAUAUUUAUCCCUGGCAUUAUGAAAAAAGCAAUCACCUUUAUACAUGUAUGAACAGAUAUUUUUUAACAGCUAAACACUGCAGAAUAUUUUACCAUACAGAAUGUAGCAGGCAUUUUAUUUUACUGUUCUAGAUGACAGUGAUGUACAAACUUUAUAAUGUAGACGAGUAUUUAGAAGAAUUGAGAAAAGGAUGUGUGAUAACCUGAUUAAGGUAGCUUAAUAACAAAGUAAUUACACUGUGAUCCUGUGGUAAUUACGUAACUACUAGAUGGUAGAGAUCUUACGAGUGUGGAACAUCCUUAUAAUUUUAUACAGCAGGUAGCUAGGUUCGAGUGAGCACUGUUUAGUUCAUAAAGGAUUCACCAAGUAUAUUCAAAGAUAAUGAAUUGAUAGCAAGUAAAGUCAGCAUUUGUGUCACUGAGGCUGUUUUAGAUUAUUUUGGAGUGAAUAGGAUUUCCUUGAUGUAAGUUGUAUUAUUUCCUAGUCAUCAGGAAAUAUCCUGACUUAUUUUAACAUUCUUUGAAGUGUUCAGUUGUUGUUUACUUUUCGUUGUUAAAGUAUAUUAUCUUGUUGAUCUAUUUGUGAGUCAGGUGAGGAGUUGUAUUUGUUAAUUUAUAUUAUUUUUAUUUUAGUAUCAGAAAGAUUAUAACCAAAUGCUGCUUAGAAAAAAAAAAUGAAGUUAUGUCUGAGGUAAUUUUAAAUUUGAUUUUAUCAAUGAUAUGAAUAUCAUUAGCCUAAUCUUGAGUAAAUAUUAGGUUUAUUCAAAGACCAAAGAGAGAGAAAUAUAUGUCCUGUAAUUAUUUUCUUCUGUACAGCAGUAUUGACCUGCGUACGUAAAGUAAGAAGCUUUAACAUUUGUUUUGUUCAUUGAUGUUUACAUUGCCUCUUUUAACUCUCUGUUCUAAGUGCAGAAUUUGUAAACUCUAAAUCUUUGAGAAUCUCAGUAGCUGAUUGUAAAAUUACUUUGAUGAUAUCUUUUUUCACUUCAGUAUUCUAGAUAUAAAACAAUAUAAAAAAACACUGCCAUCAUUAUAUACACGUCUUUUACAAGGCUUUCCAAGGUUUAGAUGAACACAGUAUACAAUCAAUUUAAAUCUUUUUAUAUAUAUAUUUUUUAUAUAAUUGAGCUUUUUGCAGAAUGGGAAGCCUGUUUAGAAUUUUAAUGAAAUAGAAAUUAAUGAUGUAUCUAGUCGUGUCCAUAGUAUUAUUAUUUUGUUUAACAGUGGAUUGUUAUCUCUUUUUUUUUUAUCCCAGUUAUGUUACAAAUUACAUGAUUCCACAUGUAAUAUGAAAGAAUUGUACAAGUAUUAUAUCCAGUGUUGAGUAGGAGUAGAUGUAUCCAUUUAUAGACUCAAACUUUCCAAGAAAUGGCCCAUAGUGUAGAGAAUGUGUAGAAUAAGGACUUCUAAGUAUGAUCAAGUUUCCAGUUAUCCUCUGAUGAUAAAUGCAGUGUUCUCCUUUGGCUUUUAUUUCAGAUACAAUCUUUAUUUUUUAUGCUAUUUAAUUUACAGUUUCAUUGGAGUUAUUUUGUAUAUACAGUCUUUUCAUUUUGUUUUUAUUUAAAUUCUGUGUCAUACUACAAUUUGCCUGUUAUUACUGCAAUAUAAGAUUUCACAAAAUAAGUAAUAUUUGUAGGCAUCACAAUUAUAGUAGGGCCACUUCAGUCAUUAUACUUGGCAACAGGAAUGUUGUUUCAUACAAGCCAGCCCCUCUAACAUUUAUUCUUUAGCUGUGUAGUUUUAAUACAUUUUAUUUUCCUUUUUAACCCCUUCAUUAUCAGCAUCACCAUCAGUCCAUGCUUCUUCCAUUUAACAAUAUCUGUGACCUGCAUUUAGCAGUGGUAGAGAAACAUUUGUAUAAAGUAAAGAGUAACCAUCUUUUUAGCAAGCUUAGAGAGGAUGAGGAGUUUUGCUAUACUUUAGUUUGCACUGAAGCACACUGGUUUUGCAUUAGGCAGUGUGUAGUAGCAUAAAUUCCAUCUAAGUUUUGAAAGAAUAUACAAAGAUGAGAAAAUCUCUAAAGAAUUAAAGGGAAUAUGUAUGACCAAUUAUUAUACAGAUGAAGAAUCAGUGUGCUGGAAAUAAUUUCUGAUUAUUCAUGUUUUAUUCUUAUUAUUAGUUCUUAUUAUUACUAUCAUAAUUAUAACUGAUAGAUGUAGCAGUAAGAGUAAUUAUUACUGAUAAAUGAUUAUUAUUGAGGUAAUUUUUAGAAUAUUAACAUAAUUACUAUUCAGUAAGCAACACUCCAUCUAGAUUUCCAUACAUUUUUCCAUUGUUAUUUCACCUUGAACUUCUUGGCUAUAACUGUUACCGUUAUUUUUAGCUUGUACUGAUAUGUUGUCUAGUAAGAUCCAAAAUAGGUUUCUAUAACUUAUAGUAAGGAAAUUACCAAGUCAUAGAGCCACUUGUACUGCCAAAAAUGUAUGGUGGAAAAAAUAGGCUUAGUUUUCUGUAAUCCUGAUGUUCAUAGAGAACUUCCUUUUUAUCACUAACCUGUAAGGCAUAUCUUGGUGCUUUUUGCUCAACACAUUUACAUAUUGCAUUUAUCCUUGUAUUAAUAUGUGAAAUGGCUAAUUAAUAUAAAUUAUCAGCAUGCAUUAUUAAGUGAUUGGUAAAAUUAAGGAAAGUUUCUGCUUCAUUAUUCAAUAAUGCAUUAAACCUAUUCCUUCAUCCAUUAUUCUAUGUGAAUAUAUUUGAUCUAUUAACAAUUUCUGCACCAAGAUCCAAGUCACUUGCACUUAGCGAUGAGUUUUCUUAACUGAAUCUAUGCCUUGAUUUUCAUAUUGCUCUAACCCUUAUCCCUGUCUUGCUCCAUAAGUCAGAUAGUGUAUUCUCAAGAAAUGAGACCACAUGAAUAUAAUGUAAGCUUAUGUACUCCCUCCAUAGUGCUUUAAAAUCCUAAUGCGUCCAUCAUCCGUCGUUCCUGCUUGUUCCCUUGUGAACAUUUGCAAGAAGGUAAGGCUAAUGUGAAGAAGUGGGGUGCAACUAAGAGAAAGAAAUAUUUUAAUAUGUUAAGUGAUUUAAAGCUUAGGGUUCAGUAUAGGCAUUCCUUUUCUCCAAGAGUGUUCAGAGAGUUUAAAUGACUCAUCCUUGGAAGAUAUGUUGAUUCUUGCCCCCCUCCCUUUUUUUCUGUUUAGAUAAACAAAUUUUGGGCUGCAGUUUGUUCAUCUUUUGAUGCAUAAGCUGCCAUUCUAGCUGUCUUCAGUUAUAUACAACUUACCAUAAUUGACAAUGUAGAAAAAAUACUGAUUACAGUUGCCAAUAUAUAUAUAUUUUUUUUGCAUUUUUCUGUAAGGUAAAUAAUGAAGUAAACAAAUACUCAUAAGUAUUACACUUUAAUAUAACAACAGCUAGACAUGAGAUGGCUGUGUUGCGAUGAUCAAAUAACAGUAAGAUGAAAUGAAAGAAAAUCACGUAGAACUGAUAUUGUUAUUUUUAUCAUUUCCUUUAUUAUUGCAUUUUUUCCUUUUUAUUAUCCAUGCAUAUAAUUGAGAAAUAGUUUUAUUUUGUACAAAUUCAUAUUAGAUCAUAACAUAGUUUGUUUGACUGUAGUACAGGAGAACAACAGACCCAUAUUUAUUAUUGUCAGGUACUCUCAAGACUUGCGAAUAUUGUCUUUGCUUGUCCCAAAAAAGAGCUGUAUUCCAAAGUAGUAAAUAAAGAUGAUAAUUUAA